GGGAUUUAAUUCCCUUUAUUCUUGCAUAAAAUACGCUCAUAUAAACGAUAAACUGCAUGAAACAACCCGGAAAUGUUGGAAGAAGUACAGUAUAUUCAGCUGCCGCCGAAAACCUACCGGACGAUAUCCAAGCGGCACUUUGUGAAAUUGAAUGUGGCGGACUUUGUGAAUGAAAUCAAAAAGCGACCCGUACUGUACAACACGCAGCACCGGGAUUACAAGCGGAUAUGCUUGCGGAACCGGUACUGGGAGGAGGUUGCGCUUGCGAUGAACUUGUCCAUCCAGGAGUGCAAGAAACGGUGGCGCAGCAUGCGCGAUGCCUUUCUCAAGACCGUCCGCAACAAGAACGAGAUCGAGCGACAAUCGUGGAUACAUUACCGGUUGCUGGAGUUCAUGCUUCCGUAUGUUGUAUUCCGGACCGAGGAUUCUGACACGGUAACCAAUUACGCUCCGUGUAAAGACGACGAAGAGGAGAACAAUUUCGUUGAGUUUGAUACUGACGAAGAAAUGUACGACGGACCCGUUACCGUGUCAUAUGUGACACAGGAUGGUAAACAGGUGUUCCAGGUACUCCACACCCCCAUUCGAGACGACAACUUACCGGAGACAUUGCGUCAUGAAGAGACGGAAGAAGAAAUUGAGGAUUGUAACGAGGAACAGCUGCACCUUGAACCGUUCACAUACGGUUCAACGUCGGGCGGGGAAUACUUACUAGCGUCCACCACGGAUGACGAGAGUGAACAGGAGGCUAUACUUUACGAAGAGCAACACACCACGACUCAGUUAAUACACGAAGAAAAGCCUAUAGAAGCCGUCAAUAAUUACCCUACCGGCUGGGCCGAAGAGCAAGUGGACGAUACGAAACAAAUCGAACCCGAACCAGAAAUAGAAGCCCCUGAAGUUGCCGCAAAACGACUGAGAAUAGAAUCUACGCAAAUACCACCAAGCGCACCUUCGAGACCUGCGACACCUUCUGUCCCACCCUCUAUAUCGGCACCAAAUCCACCACCACAGGAAGAACAUAAAGAAUCAGACGCACGGUUGGGCAUUACCGAUCCGGACGAACGGUUUCUUCUCUCCUGCGCUCCAAUUCUUCGAAGACUCCCGAAUAAGAAAAAUGUAUUGGCAAGGCUUAAGAUACAGCAGAUGCUGUUCGAACUGGAGUAUGAUGAGAAGUAUAGCUACGAAGGGACGUGAUGUAAUGAAACGGUUAAAUUAUACUACUAAGUUCAUUCCUCGUCAUUUAGGGCCGGGUCUAUGAAAAUGUUGCGGAAACAUUAGCUGUCAAAUUGUAUGAAUUAAAUGACACAUUUACGCUGUGUUUGCGAGCGGAACAAUUCGAUUUGUUUCACGUCCAAAUGUCGAAACAUUUGUUAACGCCAUGGCAUUGUAUAACUUCACUUGGCAAUGCUUGUAUAUGACAUACAAAUUUUCCAUUCACGAUAUUCAUAUACUAUCUCAGUCUGUUGCCACCGUACAAAUGUUGCUGCAACAUUUCCAUAGACCCGAUCAUGCUGUCUCAAGAACACAACAAUACAACACUGUAUAACUGUAAACCUUCUAAUUAAUAU